UGUAGAAUACAGCAACAAUUCGCACUGGGUUUAUAAAGCCGUAUUGGUAAGAAACAAUACGCUUUUUUUUUCUUUAGCAAGUAUAAAAAAGAUAAAAAAGAGGAAACUUUUUUUUCUUCUUUUAUAAUUUAUUCCGACCCAAUGAGUUUGCAGAAGAACCUACCACCAUGGCUACCUUUAUCGUUUAUAUUAGCCCAACAUCUUCUCAAACAUAAAUUGCAUAAACGAGUGCUAACACCUGUAGAACGAAAAUACUUUCAAGAUGCUACAAGUUCUUUUGCAACGUGGAUAGCGUUUAUCAACCAGCACCAUGAUAAUACUUUUAUUGAAUUAGAUACAACCGCCUUUCGUGUUCGUUCUAUGCUAUAUGAACAAUUUAUACCCCAUCUAUUUCAUACACAUCGGCCGUGUUGUAAGCUCUUGAAUCUGGAACCGCUCAUCGAGCAAGCGCGACAUUUAGUCAUGCCCUCAUCACAAGACAUUGCUCGAGAAUGGGACGCUUUUGUUGAAACUCACGUCAAAAAACAAACAUCAUCCCAAGCACAUAACAGCACCACUCAUAACCCCUCCACCUCCAUUGCCACUACCGCCAGUGCCGCCAUGAACACCGCUGCUGACGAUGAAUUAAAACAGGAAGAAGAACAACCUCAAGCCUCAACACCUACACCAACUUCUAAUAAAUCAAUAGAGGAACCCGCAAUGGCUUCUGACGACGUUCCCCUUCGAGAUAUUUUUCAGACGCUUGAGUCAGAUAGAGCAGCUAUGAUUGAACAGCGCAAACUGGAGGAAUUUGAAGCACAAGAGGAAUUGAAUGAAGAAGAAGAAGAGAAAGAGAACGCUGCCGCAAAAUCUUUAUCCAUGUUUAACGCAGAUGGAAAUUUCAAUCUAAAGUAUCUACUACAAGGCAUAGUAGCCAAUCGACAGAAAACGUCAUUAUCAGAUCGUGAAUUGCAAAAUUUAUUAUCUGAUUUCAAACCGCAUAGAUCAAAAUGGGCAAAUGAUGAUAGAGUGGGUCAGGAAGAGCUAUACGAGGCAUGUGAAAAAGUCUUGACCGAUCUUAAGAAUUAUACCGAGCAUUCUACACCAUUUUUAAACAAGGUCAAUAAACGAGAAGCGCCUGAUUAUUUCGAAGUUAUAAAAAAACCAAUGGAUCUUGGGACUGUUACGAAAAAAAUGAAGAAUCUAAAUUACAGAUCGAAAAAAGAGUUUGCGGAUGAUCUUUAUUUGAUAUAUGAUAAUUGUCUUGCAUACAACACCAAUUCCGCAAGUGAAUAUAGGAAACAUGCAAUUGCCAUGAGAAGAAAGACAGAGAGAUUAAUGGCUAGAGUACCCAACAUAAGUAUCAAGGAAAGAAUAGAGACAGAGAUAGAAGAGGAAGGCGAUGAGAUGAGUGAAGAGGACGAUCACGAACCUGAACGUGUCUCUAAAAAAUCCUCUGGAAAACACAUGGUUUCGAUUGAAAGAAAAACAACACCCAUCAUUCCCAACGAUCGACGACAAUCACGCGAACGUUCCAUGACACGCGGAUCCAGUACAGCACCCUUAUCAGCCAUUGAUGCGGCAUUUUUAACAGAUAUGGAAGCUCCAUUUACACCCGAUAGAGUAGGUACACCACAACAUAUGCAGUAUGGCGGUAAACACGUCAAAAAAUCAGGGGAUGGGGACGAUGAAAACAUUGAUCUUGAACAAGAAGAAAAGACACUGGGUGCUGAGAUUGAUGCAGAUGUUGGUGAGUUGCAAGAUCAAGUCUGGAGAGACAAGACAAAAAGGACAAGGGCGAAAUUGACAACGGAUGUUGAAAAACAAUAUCAAUUUUCGUUCGGUGAACGAGAGGCUUUAGUGAGAUCUGGGUUAGAUAUGGAGCGGUUUGCCAUGAUUGAACAUGUACAUGAUAAACCGGAUUCUGUCAUGAAACUAAUUCGGUGUGACCAUGAUCGUUUUCUUAAGUGGACAGACAGAAGACCAGGCCAUACUACAUUAUACGAUGAUUUGGAUUUGGACUCCAGCGACGAUGAAAAUCUAGACGCUUUCUUUUCUCGGAAAAUCACAAAACCCAAUAAAGUAGUGGACGACUCGGCUAAAACAGAUUUAUUUUUACCCGAGUAUGAAAUAACAAGUGGUUUACCGGAAGUCGAUGGUGUACAUGAGGAUGUGUUGGAGACAGUACCAUCUGAAAGCCAAAUCACUGUGAGGAAAUCUUCCGUAGAUUUAAGUCCUGAAGCAACAAUGGCUGUACAAGGUUUAUCAAACAUGUCUUUGGACGUUUACCCCGAAUUAAAAUUCCCUACUUAUGGGCUGAAUCCUAUUAUUGAUCGCAACAACCGCACACUGGAAAAGAUCAGGUUGAUGUAUGCCAAAUGCAACGCUGUCCGUAAUAAUGUCCCGAUCUCUACUUUAGCAUCAUCCAUCGAACUAGACCCUAUCUCCAAUGAAGAUUCAAAGCAAGUGGCGAUAUCUUCCAAUUUAAAACAGAUACCUCCACUGGCGUUAAAUAGUGAAUCAGGUCACCAAAUGUCACAAAAAGUUCUAACAAAGCUUCUUACUCAUGCUGGUUUUGAGGGAGCGAAAUUGGGAGCGUUAAAUGUGUUGACCGACAUUAUGACUGACUAUAUCACAAAUAUUGGAAAGACUUUACGAUACUAUUGGGAUGACUACGGACAUCAAAUGGAUGGGGAUGAAAUGCUGCUUCAUACGUUGUACGAAAAUGGUGUCAUGAAGUUAUCUGAGCUUGAAAAUUAUGCGCAUGAUGAUGUCGAAAGAGGAAGCGGUAGAUUGGAUGAUUUACAUCGUAGACUUCAGACUUCCUAUCAAGACCUUCUCUCUGGCUCCACCGAACAUUCUGCCGAAGACGAAGAGAACUUAUUAAACGAAGAGGAGACUUUUGUAACGGGUAUUUUUGGUGAGGAUAUUGGAGAGGAUUAUUUCGGAUUUAAAAAUAUUGGACUGGAUCAAGAGUAUAAUCUGGACUCACUCACCAUUCCCAGUAGGUUAUGGUUUGGUAAAAACAAGGAAAAGGUUCCAAUUCACGGAGAUCUAGCAAAAGAAGUGAACUACAAGUAUCCACCUCCACCCAACUUUCUACCGGUGACUACCGAAAGGCCUAUCAUUGGACUCUUACAACCUUAUUUUGCAAAGCGAUUAUUAAACCCACCGGUGAUUGAGGAUGAAUAUAUUCCCAACCGUAGCAAAAAUAGACCACGCCAUCCACCGACCAACAAGAGCGGUUCAGGUAAAAAGAAAAUGUCCAAGGAAUCUUCGGGUGGUGGAUCAGGGAACGGGGGUGAUAAUAAGAAAUCCAAACGAAAGAGACCGACAGAAGAAAUUGUAGCAGAGAAGGCAGAACGAGCUGAAAAGAAGCGACAAAAGAUGGAAGAAAAAGCACAGCGGAUUGCUGAAAAGGAACAAAAACGUAGAAUGAGAGAGGAGUUGAAAGAACAAGAAAAAUUGGCAAAGAUAGAGGCCAAGGAAAAGAAAAAGGCUCAAAAUAAAAAAGUAAAACAAACCCAUUCGGCUGCUUCUUCAACAAAAGGAAAUUCGGUUCCUCCUGGUGGUGAAUCCCCUAAUAUGGAUGACGAUGAAGAUGAUUAAAACACCUGCGUCAUUGCUUAGAUUUACAUAUUUUUAUUUCUUGUAUAUAUUAUACAUACAAAUCAUAGAAUAAAAUAAUGCUAUUUUGUAAAAUUUA